AUGUCUGUUAAUACAAAUAAACGUAAACUUAGUCUGUCAAAGCGCAGUAAAUCGAAGUAUGAAGAAUACACAACUCGUGAUUUGCCAUCAUUAAGAAGAAAACGUACUAUCGCGUUUAAUCGUUUAUCUAAGGCAUUGCAAAUAGGCAAUGACGCGAAGUUAGAUGCAACUAAGUUGGAUUUAUUUUUAUCGUACUGUAAUGAAUUACAGAAAAUUUCUACCGAUUUCGAGAAUGCACAUCUCCUUAUUCUGGAUUUACAUGAUGAUUCAGAGUCCGAUGAUGAGGGUGUUCGUGAGAGUUUUGAUGAUAUGUAUUUUAAUGUUCUAGCCUUGCAACGUACAUAUACUAAACCUAAGGUACGGAAUGAACCGGAACAGAACAGUUCUUCACAUAUAAAAUUACCCAAGGUCACUCUUCCCACGUACUCAGGCAAUAUUAAAUGCUGGACAGAAUACAUAAAUACAUUCAAUUCUUUAAUAAACGAGAAUACCUCAUUAAGUAAUUUGGAAAAAUUUCAUUAUUUGAGAUCGUCACUCUCAGGCGAUGCUUUAGCGUUGAUACGAGCCUACCCUGUAGCCGGUGAAUAUUAUAUCGACGCAUAUAACGCACUAGUUAAUCGUUAUAGGGACAAGCGUGAUUUAGCGUUUACCUCUGAUCCUGGGUUUGACAUACCCGGCCCUGUGGAUUUGUUACUUGGUGCAGACGUCUUCGCGGAUUCGCUCCUUACCGAACGCAUUAAGGGCGGUCCAUCGCAGCCACCAGCAUUUAAUUCAGUGUUUGGUUGGUUAUUAUUAGGCAAAACUUUGUUAUCAUGUUCAUCAUUGGCCGCGUUGCAAUCGAAUGUUGAAUCAGAACGUCUUGUGAAAUUGGUUGAACAAUUUUGGGAACUCGAUAGUGUAUCACAAGCUAAUUCAUAUACUCCUGAAGAUAUUCUUUGUGAGAAAGAAUAUGUCGCAACCACAACUCGAGAUAAGUCUGGUCGAUAUGAGGUAUAUUUACCGUUUAAAAACUCAUGUGAACCUGUUUUCAUGGGAUCUCGUGAAAUAGCGGAGAGGCGCUUUUAUGCACUUGAACGGCGUCUGUCUCGGAAUCCUGACCUAAAAUGUCAAUACGUUAAUUUCAUGCAAGACUAUAUUCAAAGCGGUCACAUGUCAUUAGUACCUGUUUCAGAAAAUCGUCGCGGUAAAUACUAUAUUCCGCAUCAUUGUAUUAUACGGCCCGACAGUCCUACAACACAGCUUCGCGUAGUGUUCGACGCAUCUGCGAAGGAUAAUCGGGGUAACUCUUUAAAUGAAUCUCUAUGGGUUGGUCCGAAGUGUCAAACUGAUAUUACAAGGGUUCUUUUACAUUUUCGGGAACAUGCUAUUGUUUUCAUGGCAGACAUACGCCAAAUGUAUAGGCAAGUUCUUGUUGCUCCAGCCCAUAGAGAAUACCAGCGGAUAUUAUGGCGGUCUAACUCAGACCAACACGUAUCUGAAUAUAGAUUAAACACCGUAACUUAUGGUGUUUCUUCGGCUCCCUAUCUCGCUUGUCGUACUAUUCAGCAGCUCGCGAGAGAUGAAGGGGAUUCGUUUCCUCUAGCAAAAGAAACCGUCACAUGCGAUAUUUAUGUUGAUGAUAUUGUUACUGGUACCAAUACUAUGUUCCAAGCUCGCGAGUUGAAGUCGCAGGUUAUCGCUUUGCUCAAAUCUGGCAAUUUCGAAUUAAGAAAAUGGGCUAGUAACAAACCAGAAUUGCUGGAAGAAAUUCCACCAGAGCAUUGUCUUGUAGAAGCUAAAUCUUUUAUCGAUGCACAAUCUUGCACACUCAAGGUUCUCGGUCUUAAAUGGGAUCCACUGCGUGAUUCGUUUGUCUUUCACGUGCAACCUCUUAACAAAGUUUGUACCAAGCGAUCCAUAUUGAGUGAGGUUAGUCGCAUCUUCGACCCGUUGGGAUUUCUUUCUCCAGUGACUAUUCACAUCAAAAUCUUAAUCCAACAACUUUGGGUAGCUGGCGUAGCAUGGGACGAAACACCACCUGACAAUAUUGUUCGUAUGUGGACAAAUUAUGUACAACAGUUACCAUCCAUUCAAAAUUUAAUCGUACCCCGUCGUUGUACUGUUGAUCACGCAAUAUCGUAUGAGCUUCACGGGUUUUGCGAUAGCUCGGAGAAGGCCUAUGGCGCUGUCAUUUAUUUACGUGUUACAGACAAUAGUGAUCGUAUACAUACUUAUUUUGUAUGUUCCAAAGCUCGCGUCGCUCCUUUGAAAAAACUAAGCUUACCACGUCUGGAAUUAUGUGCAGCAAUGCUAUUAGUAGACUUAUUAAAGUUCGUAAAGGAGACAUACAUGCCGCGUAUCAAUUUCUCUAUUACUCUUUGGAGUGACUCGACUGUUGUACUGUCAUGGCUCCGAGCACAUUCAUCAAAGUGGACUACAUUUGUUGCGAACAGAGUUAGCCACAUACAAAGUAUAGCGCCUAUUGAUCAAUGGCGACACGUUUCCACACAUGACAACCCCGCAGAUAUUUGCUCACGAGGCCAGUUUCCUCAACAACUUGUUGAUAAUACUUUAUGGUGGGCGGGCCCCACAUGGUUACGUAAACCACACACCGAGUGGCCAUCAUCUUCUUCAUCUAUCACUGACAUUGAUGAUAACAUAAUAUCUUCGGAGAUAAGGCGAAACACCACGUUAUUAAUUCAACAAACCGCACCGAUUAAUCCAAAUCUCGAUCCUUUUUUAGAGGAAUUACUCAAUAGCGAUCUAUCAUUAGAUGCUAUUAUUGAUAAAAUUGCCUAUGCAGUCAUUCGAAAAUCUGAUACUACAGAUUCAGUGUUAUCAAGCGAUGAGCGACACCAAUCACUUCUUAUGCUCGUAAAAUAUAUUCAAUCCUUGUCGUUUUCUAUCGAAAUUGAGAAAAUUCGUUCUAGACAAUCGUUGUCUAAAUCGUAUCGUAAGCUCAAUCUAUUCAUUGAUAACCAGGAGGUGCUCAGGGUGGGCGGUAGGAUUUCUCGCUCUGGACUCGAAUACGAACAGGUUUUAACGCCAGGGCAUUUUUUAACUCUCGAACCAUUGACGUCCGUUCCGGAUACGGAUUCAACUCACGUUAAUAUCAAUAGACUAGAUCGUUGGCAGUUAAUUCAGACAUUUCAACGUUCUUUCUGGAAUAGGUGGAGGAAUGAAUAUUUACAUACAUUAACCUUACGAGCCAAAUGGACGAAAGAUUCCAAACCAUUAGAACUUAACUCAAUGGUCAUUAUCAAGGAUGAUAAUCAUCCACCUCUGCACUGGCAAAUAGGAAGAGUUGUAGAAUUACAUCCUGGACCAGAUGGUCAGGUUCGUGUAGCCACUAUAAAAACGGACAAGAACAAUUUGAUCAAGAGACCUCUAGUAAAGCUAUGUCCUUUACCAAAUGAACCAUUCUAG